AGCAACAACACCCUGACCAAAGAGGGAGACCAGCCACAGACUAGCAACAACACACUGAUCAAAGAGGGAGACCAGCCACAGACUAGCAACAACACACUGAUCAAAGAGGGAGACCAGCCACAGACUAGCAACAACACCCUGACCAAAGAGGGAGACCAGCUUCAGAAAGAGAUAGAACGUCUGAACCAAUCUUUAGUUGAGAAAGUGUGUCCGGAAGGAUGGAAGAAGAUUGGUAGCAGUUGUUACUACGUCUCUACUGAGUACAAAUCCUGGGAGGAGAGCAGACAGGACUGCAGAAAUAGAGGAGCAGACCUGGUGGUCAUCAAGAGCCAAGAACAACAGACAUUAGUCAAUUUUUUAUGUGGACAAAGGAACUAUGUCUGGAUUGGUCUGACUGACUCUGUUUCUGAGGGGACCUGGAAAUGGGUGGACGGCACACCACUGACCACAAAGUAA